AUGUUAUCUUUCCAAUCUCUCCCAAAGUUUCUCAUCAUGUUUAUUGUUGUAUGUAUCACACACUUUGCUUUUACAAAAGCCAUCAAAGUCAUAUGUGCAGUCGGGUUCACGAAUACUGGAUGGGACUCAGUCUGUUGGGAGAAAGGAGGUAAAUUUUAUUCGUGCCCAACAAAACAGUGCUCGUACAAUAAUCGUCAAUAUGCACCGAUGCAAGGUUGUACACUCGACAAGACUCCUGGUGCAAGUAAUCAACAAUGUACGGCUUAUCAGCUUCAAGGUGCCAGAUACCAAUGCUGGAAUAGCGGGAAUGUACGCUACAUGUGUCCUAAAGACACCAAUACGGACUUUAUUACUUGCUCAGACUGCAAAUUAUUAUAA